AUGUACACCGAUAGACAGAAUAGACAAAAGAUAGAGAGAAGAAGAAUGAAAGGUUUAGAAGCCGAAGAAACGAGUUUCAAUGAAGGAGUAGAUUUCAUCAGCACUCUUCCUGAUUCUCUUCUUGGAGUUAUCAUUUCUCUCCUUCCUGACUCUGAACCUGUGAGAACAUGUGUUCUUUCCCAUCGAUGGAAAAUGGUGUGGAAGCAUGCUUCACACCUUAGCAUCGAUCAAAGCCAAAUGCUGAAGCCUUUGAUCCAAGCCUAUCUUUGUGGGAUAUACCUUAUCACACGUCUUGAGAUGGCUUUUAAUCGUCUUGGGGCAGAUGAUGAUCAUGAAGACUUGGACGUAAUUGCAAAAGCAGAAAUGAUGAUUAACUCGUUGCUGGAUUCUCACGUUGGUCCCUUGAAAAGUUGCACUAUUCGGCACCUUCCAGAAAGUUGUGCGAGUGGCAAAGCUGUUGAGUGGAUCAAGAAGCUCCUUGAGAAAAAUAAGGUGAAGCAGCUUUCCAUGGAGAAAGAAGACAUUGUUGGUUGGGGGUUGGUGGAAAAUUUGCCAAGAGUUUUGGUAUAUCAUGGAAGGACUUUGGCUUUGGCUUUUGAGAUCUUCUCAGGCUUUGAGGCACUUGAGUUGAAGAACUAUUAUCUAAAGACAUCACCCUCUAGUGAUGUUGCUGGUCAGGUUCUUAAAACUUUAACUCUGAAGAAUAUUAGUGUUAAGAAAGAUGUUUUGGAAGGGAUUUUGUCUUGUAGCAUGUGUCUCCAAGAUUUAACUCUUGAAAAUAUAACACACGAGGACUGCGAGAUGAUGAGAGAGAUUAAGAUCAAUAGUCCAAGACUCAAAUUUUUCAGGAUUUGUGAAAUGGUGAUGAAUGAGAUUAAAGUUUAUGCUAUUAACCUUGAGGUCUUUGAGAUUGAUAAUGUUGUGUGUAAGCCUCAAAAUCUUACUUUUGAGACCCCAAAGGUUCAUCUGCUUCGUUCUCGAUGUCAUUUGAGAAAUAGUGGGGAAUAUUUUUGUUGGGUUAGCAGCAAUGAGAGUCCUCAAGGUUCACCUUCAAGCUUUGCUGGCAUAUUUGAGAACCUGGCUACUCUAUGCAUUGAUUUUGAUUUGAAAACAAUUACGGAUACCAUGACUUUCUUUUCAACUCUUAAGUCAUGCCCUAAGUUGCAAAACCUUGAAAUUAAUAGCCGGGUUAAUGAUGAUGCAGUGGAUUACUACAAUGAUCAAGAUUAUGCGGAUAAUGCAAGGGGUUACUAUAGUAAAAAGGAGCCAUGUGAGUGUGUGGAUCACCAACUAAAGACCCUUAGCAUAAGGGGAUAUGAAGGAAAAAGAUCUGAGGUGGAAUUUGUUAAAUACAUAAUAACAAGUGGUGAAGUAAUGGAGAAAAUUACAAUUUGGUUUGUUGAUGAUUGCUCGUGGGUGCAAGCUGCUGAAACUGGGUGUUUGCUAUCAUUUUGGGCGGUAUCUCCGAACUUGUCCAUCACUCUCAAUCCUGGGCCAGUGUACAUGGCAAAUGUGGAUGACAACUUUAAAACAUGGCUCUCAACCCUAAGGGGGUAG